AUAUGACCCAUGAUGUACGAGUACCCGUCACAGGCAGAUCACGUCAGUCGGUGGUAAAAUAGACUUAGAGCACAAAAGGGAAGUUUGCACUGGGUUAAAAAGGAUAAAAAGGAUAGGCCCGAAGUCUACACCGUGCUACGGAGACGUCGGUUGGCUGUUGUUAGAAUUAAUGGUACAGGAGCACUCGUCUGCCAGAGGUCAGAGCUCCGAACAAAUUUAAACGUAUGAUGGAGGAAAAAGGUGCUGGUCUUCAAGAAUACCCACAGGUCAACCCGGGGGUCCCCGACGCCGUCUCCCCUCACCAAGUGCAGUACAGCAUGGGAGAGGCAGGAGCGGCGGCCCAGCCCCCAGUAUACGGUUAUGACCAGCCUCGCCCAGGCCAAGGUCAUAUGCCACCUCAAGGUCAAAUGCCUCAAGGUCAAAUGCCACCUCAAGGUCAAGCCUAUUAUGGAUACAAUCAACCACAGCAACCCGUUGUUCAGCAGCCGCAGUUUACUCAACCGAAUACUACAGUGAUUAUUCAGCAACAAGCCCCGCAGCCACAGGUCGUCUUCAAGCGCCCUUGGUCAACUGACCUUUGCUCUUGCUGCGAAGACAUGGGAGUGUGCUGCAUGGUGUACUGGUUGGUUCAGUGUGGAUGUGGACCAUGCUAUGAGUGUAGCUUGUCCAGUAGGAUGGGAGAGAACUGCUGCGUCCCCUUCUGUGUCCCCGGCGGCCUUAUCACCCUGAGAGCCGUGCUGAGAGAAAGGAACAACAUCCAGGGUGAUAUCUGCAAUGAUUGCCUCACUGCGAUGUGUUGCUAUCCCUGCACGUUGUGCCAGUUGACCCGAGAGAUGAACAUGAUGGGGCUUUAAGUAGGUCAAUGUCAAGGCCAUUCUGUGGGAGCGAGCCCAGGGGACAACGAGAACAUGAACAACCAAAGGGAUUUUUAUCGGUUGAAACAAAUAUGAGAUGUUUUGUGGGGAAUCUCACGAUUUUAUUGGAAAAUUCAUUUUAGUUUGUUAUUUUACUAUAUUGUGUAAAAAGAAAGACAAACGUUACCCACAUUUAAUCAAAACAUAUAUUUAGAAAUAAAUAAUAGUAAAUAAUUAUAAGGGAAAAGAAGAAAAGAGAACAGCGGGAUGAAGUUAAGUUGAAUGAAAACUUGUAUCUACUAGUAUAUUCGUAUUCACGCUUCAACAGGCACGGUUCAGCAACAGAUUAUCACAAACAGUUUAAAGACCACAUUUCAUUUGAAGAGGCGGACUAUUUGUUUGCACCCACUUGCUACAUUCAUCCACGAGUGAAGUGGCGUCACAAUGACCUAGUGGAUGGGUUUAGGGCAAAAUAUUUCUUUGGCUCACCAGCCAUCUUCCAUAUCAAUCUGUUUUUGUCUAAAAUGGCGCAGAAUCGGCCUGUAACUCGUUGCUCAGUUUACAAGAAACAAUUGGAAUUGCGAGCCAUUUUAAAAUCGCAACUUAGUACUGUAAAUACGUAGAACGGUAUUUGAAAAGGUUUUUGUCUUUGUUAAUACUCAGUUGAUACAGAUAAACUCUUAACUACUUUACGUUAAUCCAGAAUGUCAUUAAGUGGAUUUCUUUUUUACAGCAUGAUACUUAUCUUUGCCUUUAUUAAAACUUUUAUUAUAAAAAAACAUUGGAAAACACUUAAUGCAAAAACAGUUGCAAUAAAGCUUCAAAUAAGAGCUAAA